AUGGGCCUUUGCCAAUCUAAAUUAGCUGUUGAUGUAGCUGUAAAGAGACGAGUGCAUACUAAUAAGACUAAUCAUAACCCUUUGCCUGUAAAUAAUACAUGUGUAGAUUUACAGGCAACCCCUGGAAUGUUUAUUACAUCUAAAAAGGGUCAUCUUUCAGAAAUGUAUCAAAGAGUCAAGAAGCUAGGAUCUGGUGCAUAUGGAGAAGUUCUGUUAUGUACAGAUAAGACAACAGGAGCUGAACGUGCAAUUAAAAUUAUUAGAAAAAGUUCGGUUAAUGUACCUGUCAACUCGACACUCUUAGAAGAAGUUGCGGUAGUGAAACUAUUGGACCACCCAAACAUUAUGACUCUAUAUGAUUUCUUUGAAGAUAGAAGAAACUACUAUUUAGUUAUGGAAUGUUAUAAAGGUGGGGAGCUAUUUGAUGAAAUUAUACAUCGUUUAAAGUUCAAUGAAGUUGAUGCAGCAGUUAUAAUAAGACAAGUUUUAAGUGGUGUGACAUAUUUACACAAUCAUAAAAUAGUGCACCGUGAUUUGAAACCUGAAAAUUUAUUAUUAGAGUCUAAAGAAAAAGAUGCACUGAUCAAAAUCGUUGAUUUUGGUCUUUCAGUGGUAUUUGAUCAUCAGAAGAAAAUGAAGGAUAGAUUAGGGACUGCCUAUUAUAUCGCGCCUGAAGUUCUGCGUAAGAAAUACGAUGAAAAGUGUGAUGUUUGGUCAAUUGGAGUAAUAUUAUUUAUCUUACUGUCGGGAUAUCCACCAUUUGGUGGGCAAACUGAUCAAGAGAUACUACGGAAGGUGGAACGCGGAAAAUAUUCAUUUGAUUCACCUGAGUGGAAAAACGUUUCAGAAGGAGCUAAAGAUCUAGUCAGACAGAUGUUACAAUAUGACCCACAGAAACGUAUAACUGCUCAACAAGCAUUAGAACAUCCCUGGAUCAAAGAAAUGUGCAGCCGUAAAGACUCAGGAAUUGAAUUACCAAGUUUAGCCAAUGCAAUUGAAAAUAUGAGGAAGUUUCAAAAUGCACAGAAACUUGCACAAGCCGCAUUACUAUUCAUGGCUACAAAGUUAACUACCCAGGAUGAGACUAAACAGUUGACGGAAAUAUUUAGACAUAUAGAUAAGAAUGGAGAUGGCCAGUUAGAUAGAGAGGAGUUAAUAGAUGGUUAUGCGCAACUACUUGUAUCUGAAAUGGCUAUUUUUGACCGCCAGCAAAUAGAGAAUGAGGUCGACAAUAUACUUGAAGCAGCAGACUUUGACAAAAACGGAUAUAUUGAGUUUUCAGAAUUUGUAACAGUUGCAAUGGAUAGACGCUGUUUACUUAGUCGUGAAAGACUUGAGAUAGCAUUCCAAAUAUUUGACCAAGAUGGAAGUGGGAAGAUAAGCAUUAAUGAAUUAGCAGCUAUUUUUGGCCUCCAGCAAAUUGAAGAUUCUGUAUGGAAAGGUAUAUUGGUUGAAGUAGAUAAAAAUAAUGAUGGAGAAGUAGACUUUGAAGAAUUUUGCCAAAUGAUUCAGAAACUAUGUCUUAAUAAAGACCAAGUAGGCAAAGCAUCUGAACUUGUAUUACUACAAAAUAGUAACUAA